UUCAUUUUGACUGAAAUAUGUAGCCUUCAUUAAUUAUCGUCACAUUCCUCUGUCAGCUUCCUACAAUUCUACAGUUUUAUUUGAGAAAUAAAAUAUCUGUAAAUAUGAACAACGGUAUUUUAAAACUCAAAGACAAGGAGAGAACCUUCUCCCGUGGAACCGUGAAGAAAGAUGCUUUUCGUGGAUUUGGUGGGGUCACACAUCGCAUCAGGAUGAAAGUUAAUCGACGCAUCGGUCUGACCCGUCUUGGCUUCUUGGGUCCCCACGAGGCAAAUGGGUAUUACGAGGUCACCAUCGUAAUUGAAACUGUUCCCGACUGGCGCAUCGUUCUUGACCACAAAAAAAUUGGUGUGUAUGCCAAAAAAGGGGAAAUGUUCUAUAUCGAGUUCGACGGGGUUUUCACCCUGGAGGCGAAUAAGUACUACAGUAUUGGCUUCAUGUUGAAUGGCCCAAAAACUGGAGUUUUGGAGCUGAAAAACUGGAGAAGCGUCAUCCAAGUGGAGGAUAAUUCGACCGUGUUCUACUUUUUGCUUGGAUCACGACAAUUAGCAGAAUUGAAAUAUGUCCUUCUUGAUAAAUAACACCAAUGCUGUGACAGAUAAUGUUCCCAAACAAUUUUAAACUAAA